CCGAGCUACAGGCGGCGCGCGCGCAGCUACGCUUUAUACCAGUGAAAGGACGCAUGACUCACACCAAAACCAGUCAUGAACGAGUACGCUGAAUACGACUGGAAGCUGCAUCAGAUGCAAAAUGAGCGCCUUUGUGAAGCGGCAAGGAAACGACUUACAGACGGUGACAGGCAACGGGCCCUUAACGGCCUUCGGGAUGCGGUGGACAAAAGCCUUAACCUCGCCCUACGUGACAAGAGUAGAUGUCAGGACGACAACUUCUUGCGGCGGUUUUUGUACGCGCGUAAACACGAUGUGCAACAGAGUUUUGAAUUGUUGGUGAGCUAUCACCAGUACCGGCGCGAACAUCCAGAGCUGUGGGCUACGGCUGAUGGAGGCGUGCUGCGAGCGCUCGCCGAUGGCCUGCCCGGCGUGCUGUCCCAGCGCGAUCGUCGUGGCCGGUGUGUGCUUCUCAUGUUUGCUUCCAACUGGAUACCUCAUGCCUGUCCUCUACUAUCAGUGUUCAGAGCCCUCCUACUCACCAUUGAACGGACCCUGGACGAUAUUCAAAACCAGGCUAACGGAUAUGUCAUUAUUGUUGAUUGGACUGAAUUCACGUUUAAACAAUCGUGCAAUUUACAAGCAAAAGUGUUGAAAAUGAUGAUUGACUGUUUACAAGAUUGCAUGCCAGUUCGUUUCAAAAGUAUACACUUCAUCGGACAACCUUGGUAUGUGGAAACCGCUCUCGCCGUAAUCAAGCCGUACUUUAAGGCGAAAACGCGAGAACGUAUCGUGCUCCAUGGAAACAAUCUGUCAACGCUUCAUGAUGCUCUACCACUGGACAUUCUGCCGGCAGAGUUGGGUGGGGAAGGGCCCUCGUAUAACUCGGAACUUUGGCUCCAAGAGUUCUGUCGGGGUGAAAAUAUUAACCCCACCCCUAUAACGACGACCGUUACACCGAUCUUACCGAUAGAGAAUGAUCCUCCUUCUGCUAAAUUGGACAAAGCGUACAAACAAAAGGACAAUCCAAACUUUUCUUUCCACGGUAACGAAAAAAGUGCAAAAUCAGAGUUACUGCGUGAUAAAGAUUGACCUUAUCGCACGUUGUGGUUGCAGUAUGGUUAUAAUGGACACAAAGGACUGUUCCGUCCGUGAAAACGCCACCAAUCGUGUCGUUGCACUCGUAUGCUCCGGUUUGCAUUUUGUGAUAUCAAGUGUAUUUUUUAGUUUAACGCGUUGAGACUGCUUAGACGACUAGAGUAACUGCUUAUUAGGAACGUAGAGGUAGAAAUAUUAUUAUUAAUCGAGGGCUGAAGUGCAUUUAUAUGGCCUCGGAUUAAAGCCGCGGCCUAAUGGAAGUCAAGUCCAAGUAGUUGGUGGGCUCUCAGUAAUGAGUCAGGCGUUUGGUGGCGGCGGGAGAGGAUGAGGUCGGUGCAUCCCCCGCGCCGGUAUGGCGCGCGGCACGCGGCCACCGCAGGUAACGGUGCUCAGCUCUCGUUUCGUCGCAUCCGUUUGAAUCACGAGCGCAGCCGCUGGAUCUCGGUCUACGUCCACAUGAGCUUGCAUCUAUACAUAUAUACUUAGCUUAUGUUUUCAUGUUAUUUAUUCCGUUUACUAACCAGUUCUUGUAAUUUGUGUACUUCAAAUAUCACUUGAUAGUUGUAGAGACCUACAUUGCUUUAACCAUGUGAGGCUUAUUGCGCAUUUACUAUUAUGUUUAAGUCAAUGUUUUGAAGAAUGUGUGAUGUCGAUGCGAUUUAUUUUAAUAAUAAGUAUCUAUUGUCCUGGUAGUGGAAGGUAUUGUGAGUGUUGGUCUUAUUAAUAACGUUUCGAUCGUGAGUAAAGAUCAGUAUUAAAUUAUUGGAAGCAUGAUCCUUGUGCAGCCGUCUGGUACGUGCUGGGCCUGUUUAUGUGGUGUAACGUCUUUAACGGUCUAUUGGCUCUCACUAAUCAACUCUAGAGCUCUCUCAUAUACUUAUUGUGUAGCGUAGGGAACAUUAAGUCUACAUAGUAGACGAGUGGACAAUGAAUGUAUGAUAAAUGUACGUAUGUAUUAUAAAGGCAGCUGCUGUGUAACAGAAAGUCAUAAUAAAGUUUUUGUACUCGUAAACCGAUUACUCGGCAAAGGUUAUUUCGAAAGAUUGUAAAUAUGAAAUGACUGAAACAAAACCA